AAUAACUUAUAAACCUACGGAAUCAAUUUUAAAAAAAAAACAAAUUCUUCAAAUUUAUUUAAAUAUUUUUACAUAAUAUAUAAAAUAAUUCAAAUUAUUUGAUAUUUGUAUGUGAUAUAAUUAAACCAAACCGAAAUUAAGCUGAAUCUGAUUUUUUUUCCAGGUUUCAACUGAUUUUUUGCUUUAUUUUUAAAUGAACUCAGUGCCGUCACUUCAGUUAUGUGAGGUAACCAAAUGAAAAAGAAAAAAAAACAAAUUGAAUUGUGAAAGGGAUCUACACCCAUCAACUACCCGACCCGGAUUCAACCCGGCGUAAAGCAGCAAACUUUAGGUUUUGUUUCGACCCAUUCAUCGGACAACACAGAGACAAAUCGGAGUAACCAAAAAUGCUCGCAAAGCUCCGGAUUAGUAAGCUUCUCUCAUCUUCCUUACCUCGGAGAAUCUAUCAACGGCGGUUCCUGGCAACGCGCAAUGCCUUCUCCAACUCCGAGGAGUCACCCGAGUCGCCGGAGCUUCCGUCUUGGAUCAAAGACUUCCUCUCAAACAAACCUUCCUCUUCUUCAAAUCCAAUCUCCUCCUCCUCCUCCGACGAAGACUUCGUCAUCCCUUCCUUAGCGAGCUGGGUCGAGACCCAGAAGCUCGGCCGCCAAGAACCCUCACCUGGAAACAUCGCACCGAUAGAAGAUAUCGAUAAAGUCUCCGACUUUCUCAACAAGAAGGGAGCUUCUCACGAAGACAUCGUCAAGGCCCUGACCAAAUGCGACGACGUCGUUGUGGUCUCAGAUACUCUGGUUCUGCAAGUUCUGAGGAGAUUCAGCAACGGGUGGAACCAAGCUUACGCCUUUUUCACUUGGGCAAAAUCGCAAACAGGUUAUACGCACUCCUCCCAAGCUUACAACGCGAUGGUUGACGUCUUGGGGAAGUGCAGGAACUUCGAUUUGAUGUGGGGACUAGUAGAUGAGAUGUCCGAGCUCGUCACGCUCGAUACGAUGAGUAAAGUUAUGAGGAGGCUGGCCAAGUCAGGGAAGUAUAGUGAAGCUGUUGACGCGUUUCUAGAGAUGGAGAUGAAGUACGGUGUGAGGAGAGAUACUAAUGCUAUGAACAGUUUGAUGGAUGCACUUGUGAAGGAGAACAGUAUAGAGCAUGCUCAUGAGGCGUUUCUGAAGAUGUUUGAUACGGUUAAACCGGAUUCUAGGACGUUUAACAUUUUGGUUCAUGGGUUUUGUAAAGCUAGGAGGUUUGAUGAUGCUAGGACGAUGAUGGAUUUGAUGAAGGUUGCUGGGUUUGGUCUUGAUGUUGUUACGUACACUAGCUUUGUUGAGGGUUAUUGUAAGGAAGGGGAUUUUAGGAGAGUUGAUGAGGUGUUGGAGGAGAUGAGAGAGAGCGGGGUUAAGCCUAAUGUUGUGACUUAUACGAUUGUGAUGCAUUCUUUGGGGAAAGCUAGACAAGUAGCUGAAGCUUUGGGAGUGUAUGAGAAGAUGAAAGAAGACGGGUGUGUUCCUGAUGCUAAGUUUUAUAGCUCGUUGAUACAUAUUCUGUCUAAGACUGGUAGGUUUAAGGAUGCGGUGGAGAUAUUCGAGGACAUGACGAGUCAAGGGGUUUCUCGUGAUGUUUUGGUGUACAAUACGAUGAUAUCAUCUGCGGUUCAUCACUCGCGAGAUGAGAUGGCUUUACGUUUGCUUAAGAGGAUGGAGGAGGAGGGGUCGUGUAGUCCAAACGUUGAGACUUAUGCGCCGUUGCUGAAGAUGUGUUGCCAGAAGAAGAAGAUGAAGCUGCUUGGGGUCUUGUUACAUCACAUGGUGAGAAAGGAUGUGAGUAUCGACGUGGCGACGUAUAUACUUCUCAUUAGAGGGUUGUGUAUGAGCGGGAAAGUAGAAGUGGCUUGCUUGUUCUUUGAGGAGGCGAUGAGGAAAGGAAUGGUUCCUAGAGAUAGCACUUGUAAAAUGCUGGUGGAGGAGCUGGAGAAGAAAGGUAUGGGAGAAGCAAAACUCAAGAUUCAGAGUUUGGUUCAAUCCAAAGUUGUGAUGACCAAGUCAGAAAGUCCUUUACCUGUUGCGUAAGAGUUUUAGUCUGUUUGGAGUUGAUGGCUCAAAAAGUUUUGUUUCUGUUGAAUGUUAAAUUCAUAUAUGCCUUGUUUUUUUUUUUUUUUUUCAUAUAUGCCUUGUUAGCUGUCAAGGCAUGUUUUUCUUACUUUUUACUGAAACGUAGUGAAAAACAACAUUGUUUUGUAGUGUUGGAUGAAGCAAUUCAAUGGAUGUUAAAGUUUUGAAUA